AUGGAGCGGGGCCUAGUGAUUCUCCUGGCCCUGAGCCUGGGCCUCCUGCGGCCAGGCCGAGCCACCUCGGCCUCAGGCCAGCCCCUACAGGUGGAACCUCCAGAACCAGUAGUGCCCGUGGCCCUGGGCGCGUCUCGUCAGUUCACCUGUCGCCUGACUUGCGCUGGCCGCGGGGCCGCUGCAGUACAAUGGCGCGGUCUAGACACCAGCUUGGGUGCGGUGCAAUCAGGCGCCGGCCACAGCGUGCUCACCGUGCACAAUGCCUCGCUGUCUGCGGCGGGCACCCGUGUUUGCGUGGGCUCCUGCGGGGAUCUCACCUUCCAAAGGACUGUGAAGCUCAUGGUGUAUGCCUUCCCAGAUCAGCUGACCGUCUCCCCAGCAACCCUGGUACCUGGAGUGGAUCAGGAGGUGGCUUGUACGGCCCACAAGGUCACACCUGUGGGCUCUGAUGCCCUCUCCUUCUCCCUGAUCCUGGGGGACCGGGAACUGGAAGGGGUCCAGGCCCUGGGCUCCCCUGAGAUAGAGGAGGAGCCCCAAGAGGAUGAAGACCUGCUGUUCCAUGUGACACAGCGCUGGCUGCUGCCCCCACUGGGAACCCCCAUCCUGCCUAACCUCUAUUGCCAGGCCACCAUGAGGCUGCCUGGCUUGGAGCUCAGUCGCCACCAGGCCAUUCCAAUUCUGCACAGCCUGACCUCUCCGGACCCAUUCAACAUGACCACUCUGGAGGCCCCCAACGUAACCUCACCGGAUCCCCCUGAUAUGACCUUUCUGGAGCCACCCGACACAAUCUCAUUGGACCCUCCCAACAUAACCUCACCAGAGCCCCCUCACAUGACCUCCCCUGAUGCCCCCCACAAGCAGGGCUCCAUGUGGACUUGCUGCUCUGAAAUCAACCAGGCUGUGCCUACAGAGGGAGGAAUGGCCCCCAAAAGCUCACCCAGCCCGGGGCCUGGCCAGCCGUCCGCAGCCUUGUGGACUGGCAGCCUGUUGCUGGCGCUGCUGCUCUUGGCCUUCCUCACCUAUCGCCUGCGGAAACGCUGCCGCUGCCCAAGCCCUGGCUAAGGACCACGCUCAGUUGCCAGCUUCUCUGCCACGCCCCCUCCCGGAGUCAGCCUGGGCCAGAUUAAGGGAGACCCACUGAACAAAGCAGCCCAUCUUGAGUCGCUGAUGUUUGAGGGAUCUGGACAGCAUGAGGGCUGACCAUGGGCCCCCUGCC